UUGUCAUACUACAUUGCUGACCUUCAGUGUUCAGCUUCACCGAGCGGGGAGGCAGCUCCUCCGUCCGCACCGACAAUUGGCUGAUUGGCUGGGCUCCUCUCUCUCUCUCUCUCUCUCUCUCUCUCUCUCUCUCUCUCUCUCUCUCUCUCUCAGUGUCACAGCUGCUUCCUGCUGCGCCGCAACACCGGAGCUUCAGCUCUCGCGUGCACGCUGCUCUCGCGACGUGAAAAGUCCCCCGCUCUCCUUUAUUUAUCGGCAUGUUUGAAGUCUAACGAGGUUGUCCUGUGGGUUACACUCGCCGGAAGCUCCGGGUCUGAGCAGAGCCACGCGCUGCGGGCGGACAGAGGGCCGCGGCGAGCCGGCUGGAGGGAGCCCAGCGCCGUGGAAGUGGAGCCGGCGUUAUCAUGACUGAGAAACGGAUGUCGCGGUGGUAUUUCGGGGGGCUGGCCUCCUGCGGAGCCGCAUGCUGCACCCAUCCUCUGGAUCUCGUCAAGGUCCACCUGCAGACACAGCAGGAAGUGAAGAAGAGGAUGAUUGGGAUGGCUGUGCAUGUGGUGAAGACUGAUGGGGUGCUGGCUCUCUACAAUGGCCUCUCCGCCUCACUGUGUCGACAGAUUACCUACUCCCUCACCAGGUUUGCCAUCUAUGAGACAGUCAGAGACAUGAUGGGGAGCACUGGCAAGGGGCCGAUGCCUUUUUACCAGAAGGUCCUGCUGGGAGCAUUUGGAGGAUUCACUGGUGGGUUUGUUGGGACUCCAUCAGACUUGGUGAAUGUCAGAAUGCAAAAUGACGUGAAGCUACCACCAGAACAGAGGAGAAACUAUAAACAUGCCGUUGAUGGACUCUACAGAGUCUUUAGAGAAGAGGGUGUAAGAAGGCUGUUCUCAGGAGCCUCCAUGGCAUCUGGCAGGGGGGCGCUGGUCACUGUGGGGCAGUUGGCAUGUUAUGACCAGGCCAAGCAGCUGGUGUUGGGAACAGGUGUGAUGGGAGACAAUAUACUCACACACUUCCUUUCCAGCUUCAUAGCGGGAGGCUGUGCUACGUUCUUGUGUCAGCCUCUGGAUGUUCUCAAAACCAGGCUGAUGAAUUCAAAAGGAGAGUACACAGGAGUGAUGCACUGCUUACGGGAAACAGCCAAACUGGGUCCACUGGCAUUUUAUAAGGGUCUUGUCCCAGCCGGGAUCCGCUUGGUUCCCCAUACAGUCCUCACCUUUGUUUUCCUGGAGCAACUCAAGAAGUACUUCGGCAUUCGCAUCAUCUCCUGAUCCGCUCCUUGGCUCCGUCACCGCCAGUCAUGUCCUCCCUCUUCAUCCUGCUCCUCAUUAUUCACGAGGAAAGAAGGGAACAGUUCGUCAUGGUGCUUUCCCUCUCCUUUUUUCUCUACCUCCUUCCUACAAGUGGAUUUACACGACUUGUACCGAAAACCAACAGUUCUGGUCAUUCUCUUGCUCUUUCACACCAGGAAUGGGGGGAAAAAACAGAUUCAGAGCUGCUGGAUUGAGGUUAAUAACAUCAAUAGAAUAUUAAUUAUGUGUCAGAUUAUUUUAAUUGUUUAAUUAUGAUGUAGUUGUGGAAACCGAGUUCAGAUCGUAUUUGUUGGUCGCAGGCAAAAUUUUAACUUCAACUAAUUCCAAAUCACGUGCUGUUUAUUAAUUUGACCUAAAAUCUAAUCUAUUAGUUGUUUGUGAUUAUUUCAGAAGUGACACAAAGUGAGGAAUAACUGCAAACUAUAGUAGCAAGGCUUACUUCUCUAAAACAAUUUAGAUUUUAUCAACAGACCCUGACAUCAUCCAGAAGUUGUAAACAAAUGCAGCAUAGCUUUAUCAGUACCCAUCUGACCAAUCUAUAAUGGAUUUACGAAGCCAUAAAUCUAAAACGCCUGUUUAUAUUCCCUCGGCAACCAGUGAGCAAACAGCGGUGUUGAUAAAAUGCAUUCAGUAUAAAUUAUUUUGUUUUUGUUCCCUUAUUAAUAUUUUUACAAAAUCAAAACACUGACUGAUUAAACUGUAAUCAAUUUCUUUCUAUUGCUUCCUUAAUUCAUUCCACUGUCACAUUUCACAUCCCAUCUAAACACGGAGAGGACCAAGUUUGUUUGGAUCACUUUUUACACAGAGCGAGUUAAAAGAAAACUGAGGUUUUCUCCACAUGGAGCCGGGUCUUUUUAAAAGCAAAUAUCUUCACCACAUUGUUUAAAAAAACUAAUAUUGUGCACACAGGAUUGGGUUUAGAAAGGUUUUCAACCACAUCAACUUGCACAAAGCUGUUUGGCAUGUUUUACACAUGCCAAACCUAUAGGGGGCAGUGUAGCACAAAGCUAAAACCUGUCUCAGCCAAUCAGAUGGAUUCAAAACAACCACAACUUCCUGUUUGGAAUUAAGCAAGCACCAGGAUGUUGAAAUACAUUUAGAGUACUAGAUUAUAAAGUUAAGCAAACAAAUCAGUGUUACGAAUGAUGUCAAACAAAUUAUACUACGUGGAUUUACUGUCACAUUAUUCGUCCACCUUGGUUGGAGUUUAUGACUAAUUGUUUUUAGUGAUAUUAAACUGAGAGUUCCUGUAGAUGAAAGACCAAAAGGCAUAUUUUUUUUUCACCCCAGAUAUCUGACUACAUGUGGACUAAGUCUGAAAUGCAUGAAGACAUCUGAUAAUAUACAAAAAAUAUUUUUAUAGAUCCAGUUUUUCGGCAUUACACUACGUUAUAAUGAUAAUCACUUGUCAAAAACAUACCUCGCAUGCUGCCUUGAUUCUUCCGUGUAUGAUAAAGAAAUGUUUGAAUCUCCCACGUCAACCAUUUCAGGGUACAAAGCGAUUUCUCUCGCAGAAUGUUGCCUUUUACAUGCAGCUCCUCUCUGGACCCUCUUUGACUCUCUCAAUCAGCUCCUUCAGACUAGCCAGCAGCAGUUAGCAAACACUUGGUGGAACUACACCGUAUCUGCUGAGCUCAUUAUACAAACUACUUUUCAGAGCAAUGCUCCUUUUAACACUCUUAAAGGCUUGAUAGAGGAACAUUGCUGUGAUGAGUUGCUAAAGGCAGAGUGUCAAAGAGCAGGAGCUUCUUAAAGAGACAAAAACCAAUUUCAAUGCGUUUUAUUGCAAAGUCGAAUUAAGUGAUUCUCAGUAUAUAUAGAGAGCAUUUUUGUAACAACUAAAGGUAACAUAAUCAUAUAAAGUGACACUAUGUGCCUGCAAAAUACAUAAUUUUACAUAAUACUGCUUUAAACAGCUCUCCUUCAGUCUAAUAUUGAUUUUAAAAUGCUUCAUUUAAAACUUGAUAUAACACUGACUGACUUGCUUUUAACAAAGGGAUGAAAUUCAAGAUUCAUAAUAUUCAAACUGAAAAUGUGGACGAAUCCAGUUGCAAAUAUGUUUCUGUCUCUUUCACUCAUGAGGUGUAAGAUGUAAAGAAUAUCUUCCCUCUGUAGCUGUGCCUGCUUUCCUGCUCAAGUCUUGCUGCCUUAUAGUAAUCUGCCCUGUAGGGGGCAGUGUUGUUACAUGUGAAUUGUCCUGUUUUAUGCACCUGAGAGGUUUUUAUCUUCAUCUCAGGAUGAAACCUGUGUCAUCUACUGUAUUUACGUUCACUGAAGUGAAACUGUUGGGACAGUGAUGGGUCAGUAAGUUUUAAUAUUGUAGAUCUUUCACUAAUAAAUUUGAGAAUUAAAGGACUAAUUCAAA